GUAUAUUGCUUAAUGAGUAAAAAAGUGAAUGGCAGGACACAGCGAUUCAGUCUCUUAGUAACUCCAUCUAAAGCAUCGUAUAUGUUAAAAAAAUCAUCUUUGUCAUUUGGUUUAGUAGAAAUGAAAUGUGAAAAUAAGAAAUAAUUAAUAAACUUUCAGCAAAAGAGUUAUUUUGGCACACAAAAUUAAUUUUGAAAAAAUAUCAUUAUUGUUUAAAUUUAUCUUGAUGUUUAUGUGUCACGUGAAAACAAAGACGUUAUCCAUGUUGGAAAGAUCUAAUGCUUAAAUAUACAACAAAUAAGUUUUGAAUUUAACAUCUGAGAUAUAUCUACUGUUUUAAAAUAUGAAAUCCAAAUAUAAAGUUUUACAAAUAUAUUCUUGUGUACUCUUACAAUUUUAUUUAUUGCAAGAUACUUUGUCAGCAACAUGUUUGACACCUCUACAACAAUUAGGAAAUUGUGUCAAGAUAAGAGAUUGUCCUGCUCUUAUAAAUAUUUUGCGAACAAAGGGAGAAGCUGCUGGUGAAUUUUUACGUAGAUCGGCAUGCCAGUACGAAGGAAGAGAUCCUAUAGUGUGUUGUCCUGAAAUUGGAGAUUAUAAUUCAAAUACAAACCCAGAUAUCGACAAAGAAAGACAGAACUCUUUGACCAAGUAUAAUUUUUUAAGUCCUCCGCAAUGUGGUUUUAGUAACGUCAGUUAUUCGAGAGUUGUUGGUGGAAUUCCUGCGGAAAAAGGUGAUUGGCCGUGGAUAGCUGCGCUUGGAUAUGAGGCCAAAACAUCUAGAGAGAGAAUUAAAUGGCUUUGUGGUGGUGCUUUAGUUUCUUCAAAUCACGUUUUAACAGCAGGACACUGUGUUUAUAAUCGACCAGAUUUAAUACUAGUACGGUUGGGGGAUUUGGAUUUAUUUUCAAAUGCCGAUAAUGUUCAACCUAUCGACGUUAUUAUUGAAAGAAAAAUUUUGCAUCCUGAAUACAGUGCUACCACAUACACCAAUGACAUUGCUAUUUUAAAAUUAAGAGACAGUAUUUCUUUCUCAGCUCUAAUUCAUCCUAUUUGUCUUCCAUGGGGGGAUGAGAUUCGAAAGAGGGAUUUUUCUCGCACUUUUCCCUUCAUUGCUGGAUGGGGCUCGAUUUAUUUCAAUGGUCCAUCCAGCAGUCAUCUUCAAGAACUUCAAAUUCCAACUGUCGACACUAAUCAGUGUCAAAAAGCUUUCAGGCAAUUUAAAACCGCAAAUAUCGAUGGGCGAACUAUUUGCGCAGGUUAUGCAAGAGGCGGGAAAGAUGCUUGUCAAGGAGACAGUGGUGGACCUCUAAUGUUCCCAAAGGAAACAACAUUUUACCUUAUUGGAAUUGUAUCGUUUGGUUUUCGAUGUGCAGAAGCAGGCUUUCCUGGAGUAUAUACUCGAAUAACGGCUUUUUUGGAUUUUAUACAUAAAAAUAUGAUAUAAAUAAAAUAGCCCUAUUUAAACAUGAAUAUUUAAUAACCAUUAUACGUACAAUAUUAUUAUUACAUAUUUUAUGAUAUUUUCAUUAUAUGUUACAUAAUAAUAAUAUUAAUAUGUGGAAAAAUUCGCAUUGUUAUCGCUGAAAAUUUUAUGGCUUAUAAAUUUUCUGCAAUUACUUUUGAAUUCCAGUAAUAGCCCAGUAAGAAGUAAGGAAUUGAGAAAAAUUGACAGUUCUUAACUUUUACAGAAAAGGUUAAAUUAUCAAUUUUUUUGAAUUACGUUUCAGUUCAAACUUAGCUUUAUUUCAGCUUCUCCAAAUGAAAAUGAAAAGAAUUGGUCCGAAACGGAAUUCAAAAGAAUUAAAAAUUUCGAAUUCUUAUUAAUUCCUCACUUCUUACUGGAAGUGGACCUCUACGAAAUUUGUAAAAGAGGCAGACUUAGUAUGAAUGGUUUGCAAGAAAUAGAGGUCUAAAUAUUUUUGCUUUUACAGUACGCAAUAUAUACUUCAAAUUAAUCGUAACUUUUUUAAAAGUAAAUUUAUUAUAAACUUCUCUAGAUGUUUUGAACUCUCACGUGCUCCAGCUGGGUCCUUAGAACACAGAUAAAAGUAUUUUUAAUCUACUUCCACUUAAAAAAUAUUAUAAAAUUGUCACCAAAUUAGACUUGGUUACGUAAUAAUACACACUUUUAUCCAUCAUUUUUUAUUUAUAAAACACUCUGAUUAAUUAUCUUUUAGACCGAAUAUACGUAAAUUUUUAAAGAUUUUUGAACCACCUCCCCCCGUAAAUUGGUAGCGUAGUUUAUGGAUGACCCCUAAGUGCUCAAGCUGACUCUAGGAAACCCAGCUUAUAAAUAUUUUUAAAAAGCUAGCAAUUAUUGGUCAAUAUUCUAUUAAUUUAUAGUGUUUUAUCGUUGCUCAUUUUUAGUUAAAACUUAUUCUAAACGAUUGAAAAUAUUAAGCACCAUACUAUAAAUUUUUAUUUUUUAAUGAAAUUAAAAAUCUGGGUAUGUUGCACUUACCAUGGUCGCGCAGUCGAAAAUUCCAAAAAUAUAAUAAAAAUAAAAAAUAUUCUGAAAAUUAAAAAAAAUUGGUUAUAACAAUUUUUUUCUGAGUAAUAAUUGUUUGGCGCUCACUGUAAAAGCAAAUAUGUUGGCAACAUUAUAUCACGACAUACCGUUAUACUAAGUCUUCCUUUUUUAUAAAUUUUGAAGAGAUAGAGUAUUACUAUAAUUUGAAAGUAAUUGCACAAAAAUCAGAAUAAGAAAUAACACUUAGAGUCGUAACACUUAGCGGGUUUUUACCCAUGUGUAGGUCAGCAUGAAAAGGCCCCUCUUUGGCACUAUUGAUGAACUUAUCUGUAUGAUCAUUUUUUAUUAAAGGACCCCCAGGAAAUAAAUUAGUUUUAGGUUCCAGUCGAUUUUCUCAUAAAUUUUGCAUUUUAAGUUUAUAUUCAGACUGUAGAAAACUGUUAAAUUAAAAAACUCAUAGGAAAUUCGACUGCUACCCAAAGCUAAUGUAUUUUCCUGCGGGGUUCUUUUAAAUGAAUUUGAGCUGUUUUGUACACCUCUAUAUGUGACAAAUUUACGAAGAUUUUAAGAGUGAAAGUUAUUAGUGUCAAAACCUAAAUUAGAGAAAACCAUGUUUAAAAUUUAAUAAAUUGUACCAUUAAUUGCAAUGUUAACUAAAAAAUUAAUACUAGUUUACAGUGACUUUGACCUACGACAUUUGAUUCGAGAGCUAAGAAUGUGCGAGACUUUGUAGUUUGGUUUUCAACAAUAAGAGAAAAAUUUUAAAAUAUAUAUUAUUUUUAGGAAAUUUGGAUUAUCUCCUAAAAUAAGUGAUAAAUGGGCAUUUCCCAGCUUAAAAUCCCCGUCCAG